AUGUUAUCAAUAUGUAAUCGAUUAAAUAAACCUGUCAAACAUCAUUCUCAACUAUCCGCUAGUGAACUUUAUGUCGCCUGGUAUCUGCCACACAAACCAUUAUACAUUACUAUGCCAGAUACGGUUCCAUCAAAACGAACAUCAGAUUUAUGGAUGUAUAAAAAUAAAUCGGAAACGAUCAAAACUUAUGCUGACUAUUUCGAAAAUAAAUUACCGCAUAUUUCUAUAGAUCGAGAUGCUUUAAUGGCAACAUUGAAACCUAUACGCAAUCCUCGAAUAAACUAUCUUUAUCAAGUACCAGCAACAGAAAAGAAUGCUAAAAAAAAUUCUACAACCAGCUUACUCCUUGAUCAAUCUGUCCACUAUCCAAUAGAACUUCUUCAUUAUGCUCCAGUAAAUCAAGCUGAUAUGAAAUUGUUCUCUAAGUUACCAAGUAUUCUUGUACGUCUUACUCAACUAUAUUGGAUUGAACAAUUGCGAAUAUUGUUUGCUUCGAAUAUUCGAACUUAUUCGUUGACGGAUGUAAAACCGAUGCGAAAACCUGUUGAUUUCAACGAUUGUCUUAAGAACAUGGAUUUAUCAUCAGCUACAACUGUCUUAACAACUCGACGAUCUUUACUUCCAUUAACAUCAAUCACUUACGAUUCAUUGACCAUAAAAGAUCAAUUAAUGACAAAUGAUGAACAACCUUUUCCCGAUGUUCUUUUUCAAGCCGUAACACGACGUUCCAGUGGUGAACAAAUGGACAAUGAAAAUUUCGAAGUUCUUGGAGAUUGUUUUCUCAAAUUAACUGUUUCAAUGUCGCUGUAUUAUCGUUAUCAUUUAGCUAGUGCUGGUUUAUUGACAGCAAAAAAAAUUAAACAAAUUUCAAAUGAAAAUCUCUAUCGAUUAGUCGUUAAAAAAAACUUACAAACUUAUUUGUAUGUUGAUAAAAUUGUAUUUCGAGGUAAAGAUGCCAAUUGGUUACCACCUGGAUACAGCCUCGAUGAGACAAAAUCGACCAAUGGUGAACGAUACUCUUAUCAGAAAGCAAAACGAAAAGCUUUUAGCGAUAUGAUAGAAGCAUUUAUUGGUGCGUUUCUCAUCUCGAGUAAUUAUAAAACAACAAUCAAAUUUAUGCAUUGGCUUGGUCUCGAUGUUAUUCCGAUCAAUGAACAAAGUAACGUAAUAGAACUACCAUCGAUUCUCUCUUCAAGUAUCUCAACGAAUACUGAUGUUCAAAUCAAUCAAAUAAUUGAUACAUUUUUUCACGAUCGAGCAUUUUCUGAUAUUGAAAAGAAAAUCAACUAUGUCUUUCGAAACAGGGCAUAUCUUAUUGCAGCAUUUACUCAUCCGUCAAAUUUUUCCAAUCGUAUAACAGAUUGUUAUGAACGAUUAGAAUUUCUUGGCGAUGCCAUACUUGACUUUCUAGUCACACGUCAUGUAUUUAUCAAUUAUAAUCAAAACGUGACACCUGGUCUAGUUACAGACAUUCGUCAAGAUUUAUCAAACAACGGUCGUCUUGCCUAUAUUUUGGUUGCUUGUGGUCUUCACAAGAACAUACUUCACAAUUCAACCGAUUUGUUUGGUCAUAUCUCUUUGUAUGCUGGUGAUGAAGAUUUAUUUCCAAAAGAUCAAUCAGCUGAUCAAUAUUUGAGUAAGGAUAUUGAUCGUUGGGCCGAUUCAACAGCUCCAAAAGCUCUAGCUGAUGUAUUUGAGGCACUUAUGGGAGCUAUCUUUCUUGAUUCCGGUAAUUGUUUAGACACUGUUUGGCAGGUUGUUGAACCUUUACUUCGAAGAUACAUUGGUAUGUUUAUUUCACAACAAAAUCGAUUCAUUCCCACAUCUACUUCUAUGAUUUAG